AUAGCUAGAAUUUGCUGUGUUUCUCUGGGCGACACAAACGUAUCGGGCUUCGGAGUUCAGUAGAACAGAUAAAACCUACAGUUCACACAUACUCUUGCUUUCCCUGACAUUUGUCUUCUUUGUUAAUACAGAAAGAGGUGUAACCUGAAUCUUUGUUUAGGUUUGGAGGAGAAGCUGUAGCAAACGAUGAAGACAGAGCUUUACCAAAAAAAAAAAAAAAAGUUAGCGGUGCCACAAGACUCUUUGCUGCUUUUUUUUUGGUUUUUUUUUUGUUUGUUUUGUUUUAGAGCAAAAAUCUGGAGCAGGUUUGCUUGUAACGAUAAAGAUCUUAACAUGUACAGAAGGCGGGUUUUACACAAGGAGGUGAGGCUAGAAAGCCAGCAAAAGACUGCGAGGUUGGUUUUUUUUUCGUUGCGAGGUUCCACCCACUUGAAAACAAAACUUUUUUUUCUGAAGGGCCUCUCACCAGUGAAGUUGGGAACAGGAUCUUAAGAACAGCCUUGCAAGUAGUGGCAACAGCCGGGCCUUUGGAGUCUUUAUUUUUUCCCACCCUUUAAAGGUGCUUUUGUGUUUUCUCUGCCGGUGGAAGCGCUGCCCUUUCUGGAGUUGGUAUGUGAUAAGAGGUCCUAGCAGUGCCAUGUAUUGGAAGAGCGAUCAGAUGUUUGUGUGUAAACUGGAAGACAAGGACAUUCCUGCGCUUGGUAUUUCCACUGAGAAGGAACCAAAAAGUGGAUGUUUUCCCCCCUGUAGCUAUAGUGUGAUUUCAGCAAGCUUGGAAAACUAGGAAGUAACUGUGAGGUCUGUGUAUCAAAUCACGCACAUACCCACAUUUUCCGAAACGCAACGUGUGCGUGGAGCUGGGAGGAUUUGUGUAAUAGCGCUCCCGAUUGUAUGGCUUUAAAAAAAUGCUGACCCGCGAUUGAGCAAAGUGCCCGGGGCUCAUGGCCGAGGAGUGCGGGAGAGCGGCGGCCCUGGCGGGGGGAAGGCGGCGGAAGGGCGCCGGGGCAGGGGCGCUGGUGAGCCCCGAGGCAGCAGGGGACGAGGACUCCUGCUCUUCCUCCGCCCCGCUGUCCCCCUCCUCCUCGCCCCGGUCCAUGGCCUCGGCCUCCGGCUGCGCCCCCAGCAAGUGCCUGUGCAGCAGCUGCGGCCUGGAGAUCGUGGACAAGUACCUGCUCAAGGUAAAUGAUCUCUGCUGGCAUGUACGCUGUCUCUCGUGCAGCGUUUGCAGAACCUCUCUAGGAAGGCAUACCAGCUGCUACAUCAAAGAUAAAGAUAUUUUCUGCAAACUUGAUUAUUUCAGGCGGUAUGGAACCCGUUGUUCUCGUUGUGGUAGGCACAUCCAUUCUACUGACUGGGUCCGAAGGGCUAAGGGAAAUGUGUAUCACCUAGCAUGUUUUGCCUGCUUCUCCUGCAAAAGACAGCUUUCCACUGGAGAGGAGUUUGCUUUGGUUGAAGAGAAAGUCCUUUGUAGAGUACAUUAUGAUUGUAUGUUGGACAAUCUAAAAAGAGAAGUUGAAAAUGGGAAUGGGAUUAGUGUGGAAGGAGCAUUACUAACGGAACAAGAUGUUAAUCAUCCGAAACCAGCAAAAAGAGCUCGGACCAGCUUCACAGCGGAUCAACUCCAGGUUAUGCAAGCACAGUUUGCUCAAGACAACAAUCCAGAUGCACAAACGCUCCAAAAACUGGCAGAAAGAACAGGCUUGAGCAGGCGUGUGAUACAGGUGUGGUUUCAAAACUGUAGAGCACGCCAUAAGAAACAUGUUAGUCCUAAUCAUUCAUCGACUGCUCCUGUCACAGCAGUUCAGCCCUCUAGGCUGUCUCCACCAAUGUUAGAAGAAAUGGCAUACUCGGCAUAUGUACCCCAAGAUGGGACAAUGUUAACUGCUCUACAUACCUACAUGGAUGCUCAUUCACCUACAGCACUUGGACUCCAGCCCUUGCUACCCCAUUCAAUGACACAACUGCCAAUAAGUCACACCUAAUUCCUUUCUUUCAGGGAUAAAAGCUAGUAAGGAUGUACUCUUAAGAGUCAUUUAUUGUGUACUAAAAUAUCGUUGAAAAGAUAUUAAUGUAAAUUUUUUAUUUAACAUCCAAAGCAUUUUCAAGACCAUUUUGCUGCCCAAGUACGUAAGUAUAGUUGGCCUGCAAGACACUUUUAUGGAUUCUGCAUAAAUAACUAUAUGUUGUUUACAAGGCUUAUUAAACACCUUUUUUGUAUUGUCUGGAAGUAGUCCACUCUAGUUAUGUAUUUGUUAAUUUAUUCAUCAUCAAGAGCACUUUGCCUAAAAGAAAGGACUGAUAAUUGUGCAAAAUGUUUACAAUUCUUUGUGAAAUUGUAGUUUAUCAUUAGUUUGUAUCUGUAAGUUAUUGUUAUAAAAAGUAUUACCUGUAUUUGAGUUAUAUACAGCCUAUACUUUAAAGCUUAUGUCUGUGAGUUGGCAAAAUAAAUUUCAUUUGCAAAUA